UAGGGUUAACAAUCUCUCUCCUCCCCCUCACCAGCUAAACCUAGAAGGAAGAACAGUCGCAAAUCUGCGCCUGUAAGAAGUCCAGAUUUCAGGACUUCUCUCUGAUCAAAUCCCUUCAAGAUGGCGAGAGGAUUGAAGAAACAUUUGAAGAGGCUUAAUGCCCCAAAGCAUUGGAUGCUUGACAAACUUGGUGGUGCAUUUGCUCCCAAGCCAUCAUCUGGUCCUCACAAAUCAAGGGAAUGUCUUCCUUUGAUCCUCAUUUUGAGGAACAGACUGAAGUAUGCUCUCACUUAUGGUGAGGUUGUCUCAAUUGUGAUGCAACGACAUAUUCUUGUUGAUGGGAAAGUUCGAACUGAUAAAACUUACCCUGCUGGUUUUAUGGAUGUUGUGUCAAUUCCCAAGACAAAUGAGAAUUUCCGUCUACUUUAUGACACCAAGGGUCGAUUCAGACUCCACUCUAUUAGGGAUGAUGAGGCCAAGUAUAAGCUUUGCAAAGUGCGAUCUGUUCAGUUUGGGUCAAAGGGUAUUCCUUACAUUAACACCUAUGAUGGUCGGACUAUUCGUUACCCUGACCCACUAAUCAAGGCUAACGAUACUAUCAAGUUUGAUUUGGAAUCAAACAAGAUUGUUGACUUUAUCAAGUUUGAUGUUGGAAAUGUUGUUAUGGUGACUGGAGGUAGGAACAGGGGUCGUGUUGGUGUUAUUAAGAAUAGGGAAAAGCAUAAGGGAAGUUUCGAGACUAUUCAUGUUCAGGAUUCGACUGGUCACGAAUUUGCCACACGUUUGGGUAAUGUGUUUACGAUUGGUAAAGGGUCUAAGCCAUGGGUGUCUCUUCCUAAAGGAAAGGGUAUCAAGUUGUCCAUUAUUGAAGAAGCUAAGAAGAGGCUUGCUGCACAAUCUGGUGCUGCUGCUUGAAAUUAAAUUUGAAGUUGUUUAUGCAAUGCUAGAAUGCUACUCUAUUUAUUUUGUUAAUUUUAAAUGCUGAUUUUGAACUGGUUUUCUACUAUUUUUAGUUGUUUUUAUUAUCAAUUGAACAACAUUUGCUCA